UGUGACAGAGAAGAAACCUUUGACGUAAUAACUCUCUAACAAUGAGAAUAUCAUUGGCUAUAACAAACUCUAAUUACAGCAUAUUAAGAGGACUUAAAACGUAUAGCUGAUGAUUUUCAUAAUCAAUCGUUGUGGAGAGCUGACAAAGUAGGAUUGGACAAAAUAACUGCAUAUAAAAUGAAGCCUAGACCUCUGCACAUCGCACUCUUUAUAUCUGGCCUGAUAACCUUUAUCAUGUUAGCUAUUUCGGUUGGUGGAGCCUCCUGGAUAAAGAUCGAAGAUCGCCACAUCGGAUUAUGGAAGAUCUGCUAUGUACAAACGGGCAAAUGCGCCUCACUACAUGGUAAUUGGGUAGAAACCUGGCUUAAGGUGACCAGAACUUUCUCAUUGCUGUCGACCAUUGUAACUGGGUUAAGUGUUCUUUUCGUCGUUCUUGCUGUUGCAACCAAAAGAGUUAAUAUUUUGUUGCCAAUAGUAUGCUUAUUCGCUGCUGCUGUAUUUGAAAUGAUUGCCAUGGUAGUAUAUUCAACCGAAAAGAAGCUCACUUUCCCCGGCAACAUCAAAUACAGUUGGGGAUAUCACUUUGGUUGGAUGGGAUUUACAGCUGCUUUUGUAUCAGGUUUCAUAGGAGUGGUGCUUCGACGAGGAGAUGAAGAAUACACACCUAUAUAAAUUUUGUUUUGCGAAUUGAAAAUUACAUGAAAAAUAUUUUAAAACAUUGUCCCCUCUAACUUUGUACUCGGUUCUCUAGCAUUCUACCAUUCUUGGCUCGCAUACAAGACAAACAACUUCGCAUUAACCGCAAAACGUCAACGUUAUUAAGACCAUAGUCCAGUUAUAUUUUAGUUUCGUUUGAACAUUCUGUAAGUGCAAUUAGCGGUAAUUGACGAAAAGAUCUAAAACCUAGAGGUUUCACAAACAAACAAUUUGUAAAAUUCCUUAUUAAAUUGUGAUUUUGUGAAUAAAAUUGAAGUACGAUAUAA